CAUCGGUUAGGUGCCAGGUUCUUAGGUGUGGCAGUGAGCCCAUGAGAGUAGCAGCCCUCUAUUGCUUGCCUGUCACCUGUUUUUCUGACAGCCCCUACCUCUCUCCCUCUCUCUCCCAGGUCAGCAGUUGAAUAGCAGGGGCCCAGGAGGGCUUGAAGCCUACACAGCAAUGGCAGAGAAACGGCCACUGGGGACCUUGGGGCCAGUGAUGUAUGGCAAGCUGCCUCGCCUAGAGGCAGACUCAGGGCCUGGGCACAGCCUACCCGCCUCUGCUGGAAACCAGGACUCCUGCAGCUACAAGGGUGCCUACUUCUCCUGUCCCAUGGGGGGUACUCCCAAGACAGCAUCUGAGCGGUUGGCAUCCUGGACCCCCUAUCCAACCUUGUAUCCUACCAGCAUGGCAGGACCCCCACUUCGGGCAGACGACCUGUUGACCAACUGCCUGCUCUACCGCUCACCAGAAGGCUCUGAAAAGAUGCAGGACUCUGGCCCUGUUGAGCUUCUGCCCUUCAGUCCCCAGGCUCAUUCAUACCCAGGCCCACCACUGGCUGCACCCAAACCUGUCUACCGCAACCCUCUGUGUUAUGGGCACCCCACUUGCCUGGGAGAAGGGGCAGCAAAGAGGUCACUGGACGCUGACUGGACCCUGGUGACUGGGCCUCUGUUGUCUUCAGCUGACCCAUCGUGUUCUCUGGCCCCAGCUCCUGGCAAGGGCCAGUCCCUGGAUGGCACCUUCUUGCAUGGGGUACCAGCUGGGGGAUCUGGCAAAGACUCCUCGGUUAGCUUCUCCCCGUGCCAAGCAUUCCUGGAGAAGUAUCGGAGCAUCCACAGCACAGGCUUCCUGCCCUCCAAGUACACAGGUCCUUACUCUGGGGACCCCAAGCAGGCAAUGUCCGAGGGGCCCUCAGGUUCUUGGACCCAGCUGACCCAGUCCCUGGGGCCACCCUGUCAGGAUGCAAUGCCCACCCAUUACUCACUGCCCCACCCUCCACAGGCCCUGCCUUGCCCUCCAGCCUGUCGCCACCCAGAGAAACAGGGCAGCUACAGCUCAGUGCUCCCACUACAGCCUCUGGGAGCCCACAAGGGUACUGGGUACCAGGCUGGUGGGCUAGGCAGCCCUUACCUGAGGCAGCAGGCAGCCCAGACUCCCUACAUACCCUCAGUGGGGCUGGACACUUAUUCCUACCCCUCUGCCCCGCUCCCAGCACCCUCACCAGGCCUCAAGCUGGAGCCCCCUCUUGCUCCACGGUGCCCACUGGACUUUGCCCCCCAGACAUUGGGUUUUCCUUAUGCCCGGGAUGACCUCUCUCUCUAUGGAGCAUCCCCAGGGCUUGGAGGGACACCACCUUCUCAGAACAGUGUGCAGGCUGUGCCACAGCCUGGUGCCUUCCAGCGGGCGUGCCAGCCUUUGCCAGCCAGCCAGCCGUGCUCAGGGCCUGUGAGGCCCACAGAGAAGCCAACACAGGAAUCUGAGGAGAAGACGUGGUUGCCUAGUUGCAGGAAAGAGCAACUCCAGUCCCGGCUUGAUGAGCACCCUACGGUGCCCAUUGUCAUCCGAGACAGUCCAGUUCCCUGUACCCCACUGUCACUCCCACCCUGUGCUCAGGAGCAUGAAUCCCUUCCACAGAAGGAGGGUGACAGGCCACCCAGCUCUCCUCCAAUGCCUGUGAUUGACAACGUCUUUAGCCUAGCUCCCUACCGUGACUACCUGGAUGCGCAGGCACCGGAGGCCACAGCUGAGCCUGACUCAGCCCCAGCCACCAAAGAGAGCCAUGACAAAGACUUGCCUGCCCAGGAGGGCCCCUCAGGGGCUCACAGCUCACUUAGAGAGGAGGUGGCACUGGACUUGAGUGUAAAGAAGCCCACAGCAGAGACUUCGCCUACCAAGGUCCCUAGUCCUGCAGUACAUGCCAGCCCCCCUGCAGCCACAGGUGUGCCAGAUGUGGGGAACACAGAGUCAGAUCUGCCAGGCCUGAAAAAGAUAGUCACAGAAGCACCAGGGUUGCCUGGUGUGCCAGUGACCCCGGAGGCCAUGCCAAGGACCAACUUCCACAGCUCUGUGGCCUUCAUGUUCCGGAAAUUCAAGAUCCUCCGUCCGACACCCUUGCAUGCAGCCGUGGUUCCGGCCACGCCCACCUCAGCUCCUGCCCCUGUGCAGCCUGCACCCACCCCCACAUCUGUGCCCAUUGGGCUACAGAUUCUUGCUCAGCCCUUGCCUGUGGCAUGCUUCAACCUGGCACUGCCCAGCCCUCCAGCCAUAGCUGUGGCCACCCCGGCCCCAGCUCCUGCUCCAGCUCCAGCUCCUGCUCCUGCCCCAGCCCCAGCUCCUGCUCCUGCUCCAGCUCCAGCUCCAGCUCCAGCUCCAGCUCCAGCUCCAGCUCCAGCUCCAGCUCCAGUCACAGGCCCUGCUCCAACUUCUACUCCAGCCCCAGCGGACUCGCCAGAACAGCACUUUACUGGGCUGCAUGCCUCCCUUUGUGAUGCUAUCUCAGGCUCAGUGGCCCACUCCCCACCAGAGAAGCUGCGUGAGUGGCUUGAGAUGGCAGGGCCAUGGGGCCAGGCUGCGUGGCAGGACUGCCAGACUGUACAGGGGCUGCUGGGUAAGCUGCUGUCCCAGCUGCGGAGCUUUGUGUGCUCCCAGUGGUGCCCCUUCCCCCACGUGGUGCGAGCUGGUGCCAUCUUUGUGCCCAUCCACCUGGUGAAGGAGCGGCUCUUCCCGCAGCUGCCACCUGCCUCUGUGGACCACGUGCUCCAGGAGCAUCGUGUGGAGCUGCGGCCCACAACGCUGUCGGAGGAGCGGGCACUGCGGGAGCGUGCCCUGCAUGGCUGCACGUCGCGCAUGCUGAAGUUGCUGGCGCUGCGCCAGCUGCCUGACAUCUACCCUGACCUGCUGGGCCUGCAGUGGCGCGACUGUGUACGCCGCCAGCUGGGUGACAUUGACACUGAAGCUGGAGCUGCGUCCCCCUCAGAACCCACCAUGGCCAGAGAUGAGCCAGAGAGCCUUUCCCUGGCUCAGAAGUCACCGGCCCCCAAGGUCAGGAAGCCAGGGAGGAAGCCACCAACCCCUGGCCCAGAGAAAGUGGAGGCAACCAGAGGGGGAGGGUCCCGUGGUGCCUCACCUAACCCUGCUGCCAGCAUCAGCCCACCCGGCCCCACACUGAGGGCCCGCUUCCGCAGCCUGCUGGAAACUGCCUGGCUCAAUGGCCUAGCACUGCCAACCUGGGGCCACAAGGCCUCAGGACCAGACCGGCCCUCACCCCGCCCACAGCUGCUGGGCAGCCAGAGCCACCACCUUUAGUGUUGGUCACCAGUACUGUGUGGGCAGCUACCUGUCUGGGGAUCACCCUACCCCUCCCUUCUGUCUGCCCAGCUGCUCAGGUCAGGAGUGGGUG